AUGGAGGCUUUUUAAUUAAAAUUAUAACGAAUGAAAAAUUACAAAUAACAACUAUAAUACUUAUUGUAAAAACCUAUUGCAAGUCCUUAAUUCAGAUAAAUAUUUCUUGAAUGUGAUCAAUAUCAAAUGAUAGUUUAAGUACUAAUAGAAGCAAAAUCAGAUAAGAUUAGUGUAGUUAAAGAAUAAUUAAAAUUAUUUGGAUUAUUGGCUGAAUGUGCUAAUGAAAAUUUAAGUCCUCUAUUACCUAUGAUAUUCACACAUUUGUUAAAAAGAAUUAAAGAUUUUGAAUCAAUGAGUUGUGUUUGUACUCAAGUGGCUGAAAUUAUAGGAAAAAUAGUGAAACUUUGUUGUUUUGAUGGAGAUGUAUUAAGUAGUAUUUUGAAACCACUAAUGAAUCAUUUAAAUUAGAAUGCAUAACAUGCUUUAUGUUUGACAAGAGUAGUCUAAUUUUUAUCAUUUGAAAUCUUAGAACAAAAUGCUUUAUUUUUAUUUCGGAAAUUCAUAUCAUUAUUGAAUCAACAAAAUGGGAAAGUAGAAAUCUUAGAAGGAAUGGCUGCAAUAAUUUUAAGUGUGGAAGAAUAAUCAGAGUAUAAUAAUAAUUAAUUUAUUUUAGUAUCUUUGCUGAUGAAAUAAUUCCACAUUUAUAAUAAUUAUUAUAGAAUUAAUAAUGGUAAGUAAAGAAGAUGGCUUUAGAUAUAUUAUAUUCACUGGUUGUAUUAUAAAAAGAGAAAAUAUAGGAACAUUCAUAUUUUAAGGAAAUAAUGUAUGAAUUAAAAUCAAAUAAAGUAAUUAUUAAAAUAAAUUAUAUUAGAUAAAAUAAAUAAGAGAUUCUGCAAAUUUAAUAUUGGAUGUAUUAUAAUAGAAUAAUUAAUAAUAAUAAUAAUAAUAAUGUUCAUCAUAAUCUUAAAUUGAUUAAUAAGUUACGUCUGUUGAAAGAUAAACUAAUUAUGUUUGUUAAAUUAAAUCCUAAUCUUAACCUUAAUUAUUUAUUAAUACAACAAAUAAGUAAUCAUAUUCCAAUAAUGCAAUACCUCAAUUACCAUAAACUCCUUCUUAACAAUAAAUUAAUAGAUUAUCUUAAACACCUGCUUAAAAUAAUAAAAAUAACACAGAUGAAAAACUAUAAUUAGCUAUCGAUGCAAUCUAAUUAUUAAGUGGAAUAUUAAAAACUAAAGGUAUUUGUGAUUCCACAGAAAUCUAAUAAAUAGAUUCUAUAUUGAAUAGAUUAAAUGAAAGAGAUAGUUAUAGAUAACCUACAAUGAAAUUUUCUUAAUUUAAUGAUACUGAGACAUUUAUUAGUAAGGAAGCAGCUGAGAUCUUGAGAGAAUUUAAAGAGAAAUAAAGAUCAGAUUAUUUAAGAUGA